AUUCCCAGGUAGCAAUGCUAGGUUGGGGGCUGGACGCUCAGGGAUAUGCUGCUCUCCUUGGUGUCUGCUGCUCAAUGUGCUUCUGGAACAUUUGAUGGCCCGCAAGAGUCCGCUGAGUUUAAAGUUGACCCAAAACAGUGCUCUGUGAUUGAACAUCAAGGCAGCGGGGGGGAAAAGACUUGAAGUUAAGGUUGAGGAAGAUGAUGCAGCACAUCCUUACUCACGGGACACUGUGGCGGAUGGUGGCUGUGCGCUCAUGCUCAGUGGGUGCAGCUGUUCUUGAACAUCAACUGGCGCCCAGGUUCUGUAUUCUCCGUCUGUCGCUGCUACAGCCUGUUGGCCAACGAUGGAUCUCCGCUUCAGCUUCCUGCAAAGUAGCAGAUCAGCCUAAGGAGUCUCCACGUGAUGACAGGGUGUAUCCUGCGUCUACAACUCCAUCACCGAACACCUCGAAAGAGGAGGCUGAGUGUGUAGAUGUGGACCCGCUGCAGGACAAGUCCAUUAGCCUUUUCCAGAGGUUUAAGAAGACCUUUAAGCAGUAUGGGAAGGUGAUGAUACCCGUCCAUCUGGCAACGUCCUCCGUCUGGUUUGGAACCUUCUAUUAUGCUGCCAUGCAUGGUGUGAAUGUGGUGCCGUUCUUGGAGAUGAUCGGUUUACCAGAAUCACUGGUCGGCCUUUUGAGAGAUUCCUCCAGUGGCUAUGCACUGACUGCCUAUGCCAUGUACAAGGUAGUUUAAACACUCGGGUUUGG